AUGGAACCGGCAGCGGGAGCUCCGGUGGAGCUGGGCCUGUCGCUGCUCCUCCUCAUAGUGAACUGCAUACUUUCCUCAUCAGAUGUCGCUUCUGUGAAAGGCUGGCUGUCUGCGAACUUUCUCGAAAAGGCUGAUCUUACGGUGCAGGUCGAAGCUCCGUCGAAACCCCGUGUCGAAGAAGCGAUGCAGAAGCUGACUGAAGAGAACUUCCUCAUUGCAAGCCACUUUCUACAGCAUGCGAUGCUCCUGGCCGUGAUCAUGUACGUGGGCAUGGGAUCACCCGCAUUUGCAGGGCUUUGCUUCUUGUUCUAUGCAGCGUUCUUGCUCAUUGCAAAGGGCUAUGUCAGAAUGACAUCAUCCAGGGUCAAGGCCUACUUGAUCGUGAACUACAUUACCAUCAUUCCCGUGAUGUUUGCAGGCGACCUUUUCGCUGCCGUCGGACGCAAGGACGUGCUCGAUCAGUUAAAGUCUGGAUAUCGCUUUGUGCUGGUCGUCCUCUGCGUGGACAGCAACCUGCACAUUCCUUCUCAGGUCGCCGUGUCGGUCGCAGAG